ACUGUUAUUAACUGAAAUUUCAACAGACAGUGUUGUUUCGUACGCGCGCAUGCGUACGCGAUAUCCAAGAGGGGUUGCAGGAUGCGAGCGUGUUUCAGUGGGGGGAUAGAAGGGAAGCUAGGAGCAACGUCGCCGACCAAUCCACGCGUAGUCCCAACCGCGCAUGCGCAUCCUCUUCGGUGGUGUCUUUGGUUUGGGUACCGCGCGCAAGGCCGCAGACCUAUCACUUCUUUGGCGACAGCCGUCGGGGUAACAUCCUUGUUCUCGUCCUAGUCCUCGUCCUUGCAUCAUCCCCUCGACAUCACGAGUUAAACAAAGUUCUCGCUCGAUCUUCAGUUCCCAAGUCGUCUCUCGACACGCGUUAUCUUCUUGUUUCUUCCCUUCGUUCCGUUCUUCCCUCGUUUAUUUUACACGUGUCAUUCAUUUUUUAUUACUCAUUACUUUAUUCCAUUCGAGAAUUUCAUACCAGCUGAAGUUUUAUUUAGCUUUCGACGCUUUCCUUUCGGGGGUGAGUCGAGCUUUUGGAGUUCGUUAUUUGAUUCUUUCUUUCUUUUCUUUUUCUUUUUUUGGGUGUCGGUUUCUUCCAGUGUCUUCGGUUCGAAAAUUUUGGAGAUUUCUUCGGAGGUAACCAAGUUUUUAUUUCUUGAAAUUUUCAUUCCCUCGAUUAAAUAAAAUACAGACUCAAGGUAACAGACUCACCCUUUUUUAAUUUUUUAUUCAUCCUUUUCGAAACAUUUUCUUUUCUCGUUUCCCAAGAAAAAUGCAAAUUUCUUUCAUCAGUGUUUCAUCGCCGCGUUUAUUUCGAAUAUAGUUUAUUUCAGUGCCGCGUUUAAUCGGUGCAGAACACAGGGCUGUCGCGACCGGAAAACAUCUCCCGUGCCUUAAAUUGCCGUCCAAAUUCGACCCGGUGACAAUAACGAAACGCUUUCUCUUUUCUUCUCUCUCUCUCUCUCUCUUUCUCUCAUUCUUUCAUUCAUUCUCCUUUUCUUCUCGCGAAGACGAUCCUCUCGCGAUUCCGCAGAGACGGUCGGUCGAUCAUGCCUUAACGAAACUGUGAUCUUUUUUCGAUAUUCGGUCGAGCUUCUCCGUUGUUCCGAUCGGAAAAAAAUUUCGCUUCACCUUUCGAGCUUACUUUUCUACGAAUCCGGCUUUACGCCCGCCGCGCGCGAACCAGUUGCCUUAAUUCGAGUUUAAGGGUCAUUGAAACUUCACUAUUCCCUCCCUCUAAUUAUCCCCUCCUCCCCUCCUUUCCCUUCCCCUCACGAAUUUUUAACGAAAUUUCGACGAAAACCUCGUCCGUCCUCUCCUGUGCCUUUCGAAAACUUCGAAAUCGAAACCUGAAACCUAUUCCUUCGCCUCGAUUUUCGAGAAAUUUUCAAACAACGCGCUCAUUCUCUAUCUCUCUCUAUCUCUCUCUUCUCAAACACGAAUUAAGACUUAAAAAUAAACGAUCGUCGCAAAGAAGAAGUGGAAGAAGAAAGAAAUAUCGAGAAAAUAAGGAAAAGUUUGUCGAGCCGCUUUGUGCCGUUUUUUUCUGUUCGAAAGUCAGAAUCGACGAUUAGAAGGAGAGACUCUGUAAUCCGGAUGGAAGUCCAGAUGAACGAGUGCAACAUGAGUUUCGAUCGUCGAGUGAUUCCGGCGGUUUUCGUGAACGCAGAUCAUCACCCCAGGCAGUCGCAAUGGCCACCCUAUCCUUGCGUAUCUCCAUCCCGGAGAAAAACGCCACGAAGAUGAUGCAAUUCGACCCGAGCACAUCCAUUUACGACGCUUGCCGUAUUAUCAGAGAGAAACUCGCUGAAGCGAGUAACAUGGGCCAACCGAAGGACUACGGAUUAUUCCUUGCCGACGAGGACGUGAAGAAGGGAGUUUGGCUGGAGCCAGGCCGGAAUCUCGAUUAUUACAUUCUGAGGAACGGCGAUCUGCUCGAGUACCGGCGUAAACUGCGGACCCUUCGUGUGCGCAUGCUGGAUGGAACGUUGAAGACGUUGUUGGUGGACGACAGCCAGCCGGUCGCCAAUCUCAUGGUAGUAAUUUGUACGAAGAUAGGCAUCACGAACCACGAUGAGUACUCGUUGGUGCGCGAGCUGGCCGACGAGGAGACCGAGAACCAGAAGCCCGGCAAUUUCGGCACCCUUACGCUCAAGAGGAGGAAAGAGGAGAAAGGAGAGCGGGACGCGAAGAUGGAUCAGUUAAGGAAGAAGCUCAAGACCGACGACGAAGUGAAUUGGAUAGAUCCAAGUAAGACGUUACGAGAGCAAGGGAUAGACGAGUCAGAAACAGUGUUGUUGCGGAGAAAAUUCUUCUUUUCGGAUCAGAAUAUCGACAGCCGGGAUCCGGUGCAAUUAUCUCUUUUGUACGUUCAAGCAAGAGACGCAAUUCUGGAUGGCACGCAUCCGGUUACUCAGGAAAAAGCUUGUAUUUUCGCUGGAAUACAAUGCCAGAUCCAGUUCGGUGAUCACAAGGAAGACAAGCACAAGCCAGGCUUUCUCGACCUCAAGGAAUUUUUACCGCAAUCAUAUUUGAAGGUGAAGGGUAUCGAGAAGAAGAUUUUCGCAGAGCACAAAAAACACAUCGGCCUGUCCGAGCUCGAUGCUAAAGUGUUGUAUACGAGAACAGCGAGAUCGUUGAGCACCUACGGCGUCACGUUCUUCUUAGUGAAGGAGAAAAUGAAGGGGAAAAAUAAAUUGGUGCCACGUUUGCUCGGUGUCACUAAGGAUUCCGUCUUGCGACUCGACGAAAAAACGAAAGAAAUCUUGAAAACGUGGCCGUUGACUACCGUUCGACGUUGGGGAGCCUCUCCAAACACAUUCACACUCGACUUUGGCGAUUAUUCUGAUCAAUACUACAGCGUACAAACCACAGAAGCAGAGCAGAUACUUCAGCUAAUCUCUGGUUACAUCGACAUCAUUCUCAAGAAGCAAAAAGCUAAAGAUCACUUUGGUAUCGAGGGAGAUGAAGGUUCAACCAUGGUUGAAGACAGUGUAUCGCCUUUGAAAGCAACGAUUAUGCAACACGAAACGAGUAAUGCUGGCAAAGGAAACGUGGAAGCUGUGUCAGUUGCCAUACCUGCAGUCAUGAGAACCGGUGUAGACGGGGCUCGGCCGUAUGGGACUGGGCACAUGGGCAGUGCUCAAUACACGACUGUCAGCGGCCAGGUGAACAUCGCUCACGCUCCACCGAUGGUGCAACAAACAAAGGUAACAUCCGUCCUGUCCGAACCACAACGUGCCUUACUGUCUACCAUAACCGCCGGCCACGAGGUGAUCCACAUCGCGGAGACCGAGCUCUCCUCGAAGGCCCAACUUCCCGAGCUGGGCACCGAUCCCGCCUCGUUGAAAUGGAUCGAGCAGACGAUCGACACCCACAAGCAGAACGUCGGCUCGCAGAUCGCUGCUAUGAACGCGGCGACCGCCCAGGUCGUCACGCUCACCUCCGGCCCGGCCGACGACGUGGAUCACACGGCCGUGGGCGCGGCCAUCACAACGAUCGCCACCAAUCUGCCGGAGAUGACCAAGGGCGUGAGAAUGAUCGCUGCCCUGAUGGACGACGAGUCCUCGGGGGAUAAAUUGCUGGACGCCGCGAGGAAGCUGUGCUCGGCAUUCUCCGACUUGCUCAAGGCCACCGAGCCAGAGACCAAAGAGCCUUUCUACGUAGCGAUAUCUUCGUACGAACGAUACCCAAGGCAGAAUCUGUUGAACGCCGCUUCUCGCGUGGGUGAGGCUUCCCACCAGGUGCUAACAACUAUAGGUGAAGAGAACGACUCGAAUCGGGAGCUUCAGGAUAUGCUGUUAGCCUUGGCCAAAGCCGUGGCCAACUCGACUGCUGCUUUGGUCCUCAAAGCAAAGAAUAUCGCAGCCACCUGCGAGGAUUCCGCUACCCAGAAUCGCGUGAUUUCAGCAGCCACCCAAUGUGCUCUCGCCACGUCUCAAUUAGUCGCCUGUGCAAAGGUCGUGGCGCCGACUUUGCACUCCCCCGCUUGUCAGACCCAGCUGAUGAACGCGGUACGUGAGGUGACGAAGGCAGUGGAAGGUUUGUUGGAAGUGUGCAACGAGACCUGUAACGACGAAAACCUGUUGAAAGAGUUGAACAUAGCUGCCAGUGAAGUGAGUAGAACGUUGAACGAUUUGUUGAGUCACAUCAAGACGGCGACCAGGGGAGAGCGGGCAAAGGAGUCUAUUCAAGAGGGAGCGGUGGAGACGAUACUGAUAGCCACCGAUAAACUGUUUGCCAGCACAGGAGACGCUGGUGAGAUGGUGAGACAAGCAAGAGUUGUUGGCCAAGCAACGGCACAAUUGAUCCAAAGCAUAAAGGGCGAGGCAGAGAGGCAGACUGAUUCGGAACAGCAACGCAGAUUGUUGGCCGCUGCUAAGGUGCUCGCCGAUGCCACAGCCAAAAUGGUGGAGGCCGCUAGACAAUGCGCUAGCAGUCCACACGAUGCCAAGAUGCAGGAUCAAUUGCGACAGGCUGCCGAAGAAUUGAGAGCAGCUACAACUGCCGCUGCUACUCCUGCUUUGAGAAGGAAAUUGAUCAAUAGAUUGGAAGCUUGUGCCAAACAGGCUGCCGCCACUGCUACACAAUGCAUUGCUGCUUCGACAGGCGCUGCCCAUCACAACACAAACCAAAGUAGUCAAGAGGAAUUGAACGCAGAAUGUCAUACCAUGGCGCAACAUAUACCGAGUCUUGUAGCAGGUGUGAAAGGAACCCAGGCACAACCGGAUAACUCUACUGCACAGUUGAAUCUGAUUAAUGCCUCUGAACAGUUCUUACAACCUGGCACUGCCGUGGUAAAGGCUGCCAGAGCAGUAUUGCCAACCGUUACUGACCAAGCUUCUGCUCUUCAAUUGAACAAUACUUCUCAGCAAUUGGGUGCUUCUCUCUCGGAUUUGAGGUCUGCUGUGACGCGUGCAAGGGAAGCUUGCGGUGGAUUGGAAUUGGAUGCGGCUGAAGAGUUGAUAAACAGCUUGAAAGACGAGUUGAGAGAGUUUUACAGAGCCGUAGAGGCUGCUUCCCUGAGGCCGUUACCUGAUGAGACCACGGAAUCCACUGCUCUUCGCUUGGGUGCCACGUCGAAGAACGUAGGUUUCGCCAUGGCUCAGCUGCUCUCCGCUGCUAAACAAGGAAAUGAAAAUUACACGGGAAGCGCGGCUAGAGAGACAGCAACUGCUCUUAAAGAUUUGACUUAUGCAGUUCGUGGAGUGGCUGCAACUUCGAAUCAACCUGAUACGCAAAAGAAAGUUUUAAUGACCGCUGAUGAUGUAAUCUUGAAGUCGUUAAGACUGGUCAAAGAGGCUAGAAGAGCUCUAAAGAAUCCUGAUAAUGUAGACAAUGAAGCUAAUCUAGCUGCUGUUGCUAAAGAUGUGUCAAAUUCGUUGAACAAAUGCGUAUCUUGCUUGCCUGGACAAAGAGACGUAGAUGAUGCUAUCAAGAAUAUCGACGAAAUGACUCAAGUUCUAGGCAUGAACGAGUUUCCUCAAACUAACAAGAGUUAUGGACAACUGCAAAGUGAUCUUAAUAACGCAGCUGCGAAUCUGAACGAUGCCUCAUCGAACGUGGUAUCAUCGGUACGUUCCCCUGUGCAAUUAGCUAGUUCUUCCAAGCAAUUCACCAAUGCAUUUGGAGAUUUGUUGGGUGUUGGCAUGGAAAUGGCCGGUCAAACAGCCAUCGAAACUCGAACACAGAUGGUAGUCUCGUUGAAGAACGUGAGCAUGACAUCAAGCAAGCUUCUGGUGACUGCCAAAUCUGUGGCAGCCGACCCGAGUGCUCCGAACGCCAAGAACCAAUUGUCGGCUGCUGCCCGAGCGGUAACAGAUUCCAUCAAUUAUCUAGUUGACGUUUGCACGUCAGCCGCGCCUGGACAAAACGAAUGCGACAACGCCAUCAGAAACAUACAAUCGAUGAGGUCACUUCUUGAUAAUCCUAGCGAGCCAAUAUCCGACGCGAGUUACUUCGAAUGCCUCGAAACAGUGAUGGAGAAGAGCAAGAGUCUCGGCGAUGGUAUGACAGGCAUAGCUAACCAUGCGAAGAAAUCGGAACACGAGCAAUUCUCGGUGGCCGUCAGAGGAGUGUCGUCUUCAAUCUGCGGCCUGAUAGAAGCGGCCGCCCAAGCUGCAUACCUAGCCGGUGUGAGCGACCCAACAUCGGUGGCUGGGAAACCAGGCUUGGUGGACCAAGCUCAGUUCCUCAGAGCUGCUCAGGCUAUUCAUACCGGUUGCCAGAGUCUUGGCAAUCCCACGAGCACCGAGCAGCAAGUUCUUUCAGCAGCCACCAUGAUCGCCAAAUACACCAGCGCUCUCUGCAACGCUUGUCGCGAAGCUUCGAACAAAACCAGCAAUCCGGUCGCCAAACGGCACUUCGUUCAAUCGGCCAAGGAUGUUGCCAAUUCCACGUCAGCUCUGGUGAAGGAGAUCAAAGCGUUGGAUCAGAAUUAUUCCGAAGCCAACAGGGAGAAGUGCGCGGAGGCUACCAAGCCUCUUCUGGAAGCUGUCGACAAUCUGUGCACGUUUGCCGGAUCACCAGAAUUCGCCAGUCAACCGGCCAAGAUAUCAAUAGCUGCCAGAGCUGCCCAGGAACCGAUAACAAGCGCGGGUAAAGCAAUCAUCGACGGUUCCUGCGCGAUGGUGCGUGCUGCUAAGAGUCUAGCCAUCAGUCCCAAAGAUCCCCCAACUUGGCAAUUGUUGGCAAAUCAUAGCAAGAAUGUCAGUGAUUCGAUCAAGUCUCUGGUUGCUUCCAUCCGCGACAAGGCGCCUGGGCAGAAGGAGUGCGAUGCAGCGAUCGAAAAAUUGUCGGCCAGGAUUCGCGAGCUGGACGCCGCGUCGCUAAGCGCUGUUUCACAGGCGUUGGUCCCGCGGAGAGAGAACACGGUGCAAGGAUUCACCGAUCAAAUGGAGAGCAGCGCCAGCGAAUUGCGAGAAAAACUGGAACCUCUUCGAACAGCUGCCAAGUACGAAGCCGAAAACGUGGGACACGCCGUCAAUCAGAUCGCUUUGUAUUGCGAACCAUUGGUUUCCGGUGCUAUCGGCGCUGCCUCAAACAUGGUGCACUCGAAACAACAGAUGGUGCUGCUGGAUCAAACGAAAACCGUUACCGAAUCCGCCCUGCAGCUUGUCUGCGUGACGAAGGAGUCCGGUGGCAAUUCGAAGGCAAUCGUUUUGCACGCCGAAGUCGAUGAAACGGUGGAAUCGAUGAAAGACGCGUUGCAGGAAUUGCAAAAUACUUUGGAAACCAUCUCGACAUCAAACGGUAUUGUUACCGGGUUGAUCGAUACCAUUUCUCGUGCCAUGGUUAGAUUGGAGGAUCAUAGGAUGUCCACUAUAGACACUGUGGAUUCGUACGUGGAUUAUCAAACAAGAAUGGUGGAGGCUGCUAAGGAAAUUGCUCGGCUGGCACAGGAAAUGUCGACGAAAUCCAGCACCGACGUAGGCAGACUAGGCCCCCUCGCAGUGGACAUCUCCCACAAGUACACUCAGCUGGCCCGCGAUACGUCCGGCGCCUCAGCAGCUGCAUCCAACGCUGACGUGUCUGCAAGACUUCGUACAGGUGUGCAAGAGCUGGGCAGAGCUUGCGUGGACAUCGUUCGAGCAACAGGAACUUGUCAGAUGUCACCGGGCGAUGCCUAUGCGCAAAGAGAGAUUGCAGAGCACAGCAAGAUCGUCACCGAGAAGGUGUCCCAGGUGUUGGCUGCCUUGCAGGCUGGUUCCAGAGGUACGCAAGCUUGCAUCAAUGCUGCUAGCACCGUGUCAGGUAUUAUCGGCGACCUGGACACCACGAUCAUGUUCGCCACUGCUGGAACCUUGCAUGCUGAAAACGAAGGCGACACUUUUGCCGAUCAUCGAGAGAACAUCUUAAAGACGGCCAAGGCUUUGGUAGAAGAUACCAAAACGUUGGUGGCUGGUGCGGCCUCGUCUCAAGAGCAAUUGGCAGUCGCGGCGCAAAACGCAGUCUCAACGAUAGUUCAGCUUGCUGAGGUUGUCAAGUAUGGAGCUGCCAGUUUGGGUAGCCAGAAUCCUGAAGCUCAAGUAAUGCUAAUCAACGCGGUGAAGGAUGUGGCCUCUGCUCUUGGGGAUCUGAUACACGCUACCAAAGCAGCCAGUGGAAAGCCUAUCAACGAUCCCAGUAUGGCCCAUUUAAAGGACUCGGCCAAGGUGAUGGUGACCAACGUUACGUCCCUGUUGAAAACUGUGAAGGCGGUGGAGGAUGAACACACUCGUGGCACAAGGGCAUUGGAAUCGACUAUCGAGGCCAUAGCUCAAGAGAUCCGCGCGUUGAACACCCAAGAGAUCCAAAAGACGAACGUCACCCCUGAAGAUCUGGUCCGUUGCACGAAAAGCAUCACUAUGUCGACCGCUAAGGCGGUGGCUGCCGGGAACAGUUGCAAACAGGACGACAUAAUCGCGGCUGCGAACAUGGGACGGAAGGCCAUUAGCGACAUGUUGACAAUUUGCAAAGGAGCCGCGUAUAAUUGCGCUGAAACGGCCGAGUUGCGGGACAGAACGCUUCAAGCUGGCCACGAUGUCGCCAUUAAUUACAGGGAAUUGUUGCAAGCCAUCCUUCAAAUCGCGUCGAGAAGUAGUGACGCGAAGCACACGUUGCCCCCGAUUAGCAGAAAGAUAGCUCAAAGCGUAACCGAGUUGGUGGCCGUUGCCGAAUUGCUGAAGGGCAAUGAUUGGGUGGAUCCUGACGAUCCGACUGUCAUCGCUGAAAAUGAAUUGUUGGGGGCCGCUGCGAGCAUCGAUGCUGCCGCAAAGAAGCUAGCCAGCUUGAGACCUAGAAGGAGUAUACAGGAGGCGAACGAAGACAUGAACUUCGACGAGAUGAUCCUCGAGGCGGCCAAGUCAAUCGCUGCCGCAACAUCAGCGCUUAUAAAAGCGGCCAGCGCCGCUCAAAGAGAGUUAAUAGCCACGGGGAAAGUAUCUCGUACACCUUUGACCAGCUCUGACGAUGGCCAAUGGUCCGAAGGUUUAAUUUCUGCCGCGAGAAUGGUCGCAGCGGCUACUCACAGCCUGGUGGAGUCGGCAAACGCUUUGGUGCAAGGUGUCAGCUCCGAGGAGAAAUUGAUUUCCAGCGCGAAACAAGUAGCCAGCAGCACAGCACAGUUGUUGGUCGCUUGCAAAGUAAAGGCGGAUCCAGACAGCGACAGCACGAAACGUUUGCAAGCGGCUGGAAAUGCUGUGAAACGCGCCACAGAUAAUUUAGUGAGAGCAGCUCAACAGGCUAUUCAGCAAGAGGAGGACAGAUCAUUGAUUUUGAACCGCAGAAUGGUGGGUGGUAUAGCUCAGGAGAUAAACGCCAGAUCGGAGGUACUGCGUAUUGAGAGAGAACUGGAGGAGGCUAGAGGUAGACUCACUGCUAUACGACAGGCAAAGUAUAAAAAUCGGCCAGACCUGGCUGACACUGACACAGAACCUGAACAGAGCGGCUAUGAGAGCUACACAACCAGAUACGAGACCAGAUCUUAUGAGACUCAAUCACAGAUGAGUUAUAACAUGUAUCAACAUCAUUCUACAUCGCACAAUAUUAGCCAACUUUCUAUGGAUAGACAGACUCUGGUCAGUCCAGAAAAGGUUCACUCUACGCAGAGCACUUUAGAGAAGAAAAAUAUAAAUUUAAAUCAAUAUUAAUGUCAAUUCAUUGAAAAAGAAGUUAGAUUUUGUUAAGAAGAAUAGUACUAUUUGCGUUCAAAAGCAAUUAAUCAUGAAAUUUUGUCAAUGGAAUUUUGAUCGUAUUUCGAAUACUCCAAACAAUAGAUGAUAUGAUUGUGGAACGUAUUCAAUGAAUAUUCAAAUUUCUAUACUACAUUCGGAAGCAAUAUUACUAAAUUUACAAUUUACGUCCAUAAAUAUGAAAUAUAUUCGAAUGGCAAGAAAUACUCGAAAUCAGAAUUUUUUAAAUAUUAUCACUUUUGGUAUCUCGAUACGUCAAAUAUAAUGAUAAUAGAAUUGCAUUAGUCUAUAAUAAUCUUUGCGAUGAUACGAUAGAAAAGUGCCCUUAGCUAGAAUUAACUGUAUGCUUUCGCAAUUAGAUUUUUAUAAGAAUAAUUCUUGAUUCGACUAUAACCGUCCAUCUUUUCCACGAACUUAUCUUUAUCAAUUUAACACGAACAAUGAUUGAAAAAAACUACAGAGCACAUUUUUCUACACAUUUUUUCGUUUCGACGAUUUUUACUACUUUGAUAAAAUAUUUACUUUUGCUCUUCCUUUUGAAUUAAUUUUUUGAAAAAAUAUGCAAAUUUACACAAAGAAUAUUUGUAUUUACAUUCUCGAGGAAGAGUUUAAUGGACUUGAGAUAAUUUCAUAGAAUCUGCACUUUUUAAAAUAUAUAUUUAUAUUUAACUGUUAAGAGAAUAAUCAUAUAAGAUCGGAGGAAGAAAGAUGUUUCUUUGAAUCGAUGUUUCUUUUUUUUAUUCUUUGGUUUUCUAGACAAACGAUUUAAUAGUCGUUAUACACCUGAUUUAAUUUAGAUCUAAUUUAUCAUAAUUUUAAGUUUAAGAUCACAGAUUAACAAGAAAAGCAACAUAUCAUUUAAUUUUAUUAACUUUCCGACAAUGUGUGGUCUAAUCCCACAGAGUCUUCACCUGUUUUCCCUUAACAUUUUCCGUUUUUCUUGGGAUUAACAUUAUUGUUUAAGUCUUUGUUCAUUCUGACAAUUAAUAAUCGUUACUUGAACUUAUCUUUCUUCAUUAUCUUUUUUUAUUGUCUUUCUACAUUAUCUUUCUACAUUAUCUUUUGCUCGUUGCUCAUCAUGUACGAUGGCUUGAUAAUUUGGUGGUUUUUUUUUUUUUUUUUUACACUUUAAUAAGAGAUUUGAUAAUCAGCUUUUUUAAAC